AUGUCAAAUUUCAAUAUUUGAAAUCGAACCAAAACAUUUGUAUAGAUUUUUUUGCGUAUCUACCCAAUUAUUGAAUUGAUUGAUGACAAAUUUGAUUAUCAGAUAACAUUAUCACAAUCUAUAAAGUGCAACGUAUAGUCGUCGAGACAAUUCAUUUGAAGUUUAAAACUUAUUGAGAAACCUGUUGUAGAAUAUGGGAGAUCAAAGGAGGAAUCCUAGGGCAUAUCAGACUAGGAGGAUGACCUUUUCAGCUUGUCAUCGCUUACAUAGCCCUCAUUUGAGUGAUGAAGAAAAUAAAAAUGUUUUUGGAAAAUGUAAUCACAUCAAUGGACAUGGUCAUAAUUAUAUGGUAAAGGUGACAUUAUUUGGAGAGAUUGACCCUAAAACUGGGAUGAUAAUGAACAUGACUGAUCUGAAGAAAAAUAUGGCUGAAGCGAUAAUGAAGCCGAUGGAUCAUAAAAACCUGGACAUUGAUGUCCAAUAUUUCAAGACAAGGCCAAGUACCACAGAGAAUUUGACUGUUUUCAUUUGGAAUCAGAUGCAAACAGUUAUGGAAAAACCAGAUCUACUUUAUGAAGUUGAAGUUUAUGAAACAGAAAAUAAUAUUGUAUCUUAUAGAGGAGAAUAAUUUCACUAAUAAAUGGGUAUUGAUGGGUA